AUGGAACAAACUUCAGAGUCAUCUCAUAACACAGAUGUAUGGCAACACAUUUGGAAGCUCCAGGUCCCAAAUGCUCUCAAAAUCUUUCUAUGGAGAGCUGCCAAAGACAUACUCCCACAAAGUAUUGACGAGGCCCCAUUUAGUGUAAUUUUGGAACAGCUCUUUUCAACUCUUCCAAAAGAGGAACAUCAAGUACUGGCAUUCACCUUUAAGCAGCUCUGGCUCAGAAGGAACAAGUGGAUCUUUGAAACUCGGUUUUCCUCCCCUCAACAAGUUCUUAACCUUGUCUCUACAAGCAUCUUAGAUUUACUUAUGGCAAGGUGUCCUCAAAGACAAAAAAGCAACCAAGUUCAGCCUCCCCUCCAGUGGAGUAAGCCACCUCUUGACAGUUUCAAGGUGAAUUGGGACGCAGCCAUUGACAAAACUCAUUGUAGGGUAGGCAUUGGAGUAGUUGUCAAAGACUGUAAAGGACUGGUUACAGCCACUCUCAGAUCAUCUCGAGCUUCUUUCCCAAAUCCAUUGCCAGGGGAAGCAUUGGCAGCCUUAAGAGCAGUCCAAUUUUGUAUAGAGCUUGGUCUCACAAAUAUUAUCCUUGAAGGGGAUUCCAUGAUUGUGGUAAAAGCUAUCAAUGGUAGGGAAGAUAGCUGGAAUUCAAGUAGCUUAAUCUGUCAAGAUAUCAAGUUGUUGCUAGAACAAGUUAGUCCAUGGUCUGUUAAGCAUGUUCCUAGGCAAGUUAAUGUAGUGGCUCAUACUUUGGCAAAGAGUUCAUUAGACCUCUCUGAUGAAUCCAUUCAUGUAGAGGAUUAUCCUCAUUGUAUUCACAACCUUCUUGGGUGA